AUAGGCAUUUGGUGUUUGCGUUGUUUGUGAAGUAUCUGAAAGUUCAAGUUUGUAAAAACUGAAAUAUGUGAAGGAUAUAUGUGUUUCUUGUUUAUGAUUUAUGGACUGCUUGUUUUCAAAUGGAUUUGGAUUUGACAAAGGAAAAUAGGCUUGCCUCAAAACCGUCGACUUCUUUAAUUGUUUCUGAACAAGAUGCCACAGCGGAAAAAGAAGUGGAAGAGGAGGGAACGUCUUUCAAUAAUAUUGAAUAUGAAGAAUGCGAUUUUGACUACGCAGAUGUGAAAAUCGAGUAUGACGCCUCAGGAUACAGUCACGCAGACUCCUUUGUUGACGUAUCCGAAACAGUAACGAACUCACAAGAUCCUUUGCUGUUAAAUGAUCCCCUUUCAUUAAUAACCAAUGGCGAAGAAAAAAAAGAAAUCUCUGACAACAACCUCGGUGAUGAUAAAUCAUCAAAAAAGUGGACAAUACUACCUUAUUGUAACCAACAAUGUCACGUCAGGGUUACAAAACCUCAACAAAAGAAUCUUUUCAACAGAUACUGCCUUGAAAAAACGUACGAUUCAAGAUUGCGUUUUGUGGAAGGAAUGAUUCAAACGAAUGAUCAGUGUAAUAUUCCCAAAUUCUAUCUGACAUCUCCUGCGUCAAGACCAAAAGAGAUGUGCAAAAAGUGCCUCGGUAUCACUCUUAAUGAGUCUGAACAUUUUUUGGACAUUGCUUAUGCGCAAUGGUCAUUUACGUAUAAAAAUUCUCUACAAUCCAGAAACGAGACAUUGAAACCGGGAACAGAAUCAAGUCUAAAGAGAAGACACGUUUCUGAUAGUGUAGAGCAGCCUUGUAAGAUAAGGGCGUACAGCCCUACAGAGACGAUUAAAUUGAAAGAAGGAGAUCUGGAUAUCGAAUAUAUAAAAGUCGAAGCUCAAUCAUCCACAGAAGUAAAUCUCGAUGCUGGGCCUGUGGAUGUUCAUAAAAUAUCCAAAAAUUCAGAUAACGAAGUAACCCACGAUAAUUGGACUCCUCUACCUCGUUGUGGAAGAAAGUGUCAUAUGUUAGUCAAAGAAGAGGUGCAAAAAUCAAUUUACAGCUCGUACUGGAGAAAUCCUGCAACCAAUUUAAGAGUCGAUUUUCUGAACAAGAUGACAAAAAUGGAACUAGAAACGCGUUUUUCUCCACCAAUAUAUGUUGCGAAAUACUAUCUUGAUACAGAAAAAAGUCGACAGGAAGUUUGCAGAGAAUGUUUUCGUCAUGUCCUUGAUGAGAAAGAUUAUUUUAUUACAACUGUUUUAGAAAAAAAGAUGCUCGAAAUCAACGAGCGAAUGAGCAGCUAUAGCUUAUUCGGCGAAAAUUCACAAAUUACUCGCCAAUACGUGACAGCGAAUAAAAAGACUGAUGUUUCCUUGGUUCCAAAAGAUCCAGCGAGCGGAUUGAUGAGAGUUGGUUCGAUAAUUCAGUGUUCAUUUAAUUGUUGUUUAAGGAUUAAUGAAGAUGAGCAGAAGCAAAUAUUCAAUGACUAUUGGAAAAAUGCUACAUACAAGUCAAGAUUUGAUUUCGUACGUAGUGUGAUUGAAUUUCAAUCAAACCAAGCUCAUUUCUAUCUUAAUACGAGAAAUAGUCGUAAAGAAGUUUGUAGGCGCUGUUUUCGUCAAAUUCUGGGAGAGUCGAACUGUAUGAUUACAGAUAUUGUGGAGAAAAAAUUCGAGUCAUUGAGAGCAGUUAGAGAAAAGCCUAAUACGACAAUACCUGCCAUUGUUGGGCCAGGAGUUACAAAACAAACCCAUCUCGAUAAUAGAUCAGUUGAAUUUGGAAUAAUACAAAAUGUUGAGCAGGAAUCUGCAAAAUUAUCUUCCUUAAUAACACAAGAUCUUUAUUUGCCGAAACUUGACGAAAAAGAAAAAGGGGCAACAGGGCAAAAGGAAAGAAAAGAGUACCAGCAAAAGUUUGUGGAUCUUUCUAAAACACUAACAAGUACAGGUAAUGAAGCAAGUGAGAAUCCUCUUUUAGCAGAAACUCGACUUCCGGUUGAAGAAGAUGAUAUUUUAAUAAUAGAAGAGAAAUGUACAGAUAGCGGAACAAAAGGACAAAAGAAAAAAGUGAACGAAAAAGAAAGUACACCAGGUGAAAACAAGAAAAAGAAAAAUGACGAGUCUUGUAAUUCUUCCAGGGACAUAGAGCCGUUCAUAGGGUGGAAAGAACUACCUGCAUGUGCGAAAAAUUGUCACAUGCGGUUAAAAUCGAAAGAUCUGGUAUUUGCUUUCAAUAAAUAUUGGUUCAACACCACGAAUGAGGAAAGGUUUGAUUUAUUGUGUAAUAUGUUGGAUGUGAUAGAAAGGCCCCAAUCGAAAAACGCAUACGAUGUUAACGCCUAUCUAAAUACGGAUGAAGGUCGUAAAACAGUGUGCAGACAGUGUUUUAAUCUUAUACUUGAGGAGGAUCACAAGUUCAUCCUAUCAGUGAUACAACACAAGUUGCUUAAAAUCGAGAAUGUUAAAAAGGGGACUAUUGAAUCACGAAAAGAAGAUUCAAACGUUAAAAGUGCAAACUCGCAAAAUGAAAUAAUUCAACAUUCUCAAGACGAAUCAGUCAGCCAAUCAAAAUCAGCAAAGCCCAUAAUUAACGCACGUAAAGCUAAACGCAAGUCUGCAAAAAGUUGUGACAAAUAUUGUCUCGAGAUGGUAAAAAAACCAGAGAAGUUUAAUAUUCUUCAAAUGUACUGGCACCAGGCUACGGAAAAUUCAAGAUUCAAGUUUGUGAGUAGAUUGACUGAAAUAGUAAAAAGCCCACAAGGCCAAUACAUUGCCAAUUUCUAUGUAAAUGUGGACAACAGUCGUCUAAAAGUGUGCAAAGACUGUUUUGCGGUUUUCCUGCACGAGAGGACAGAUUUCGUGGAAAUGGUUUUACAACGAAAGUUACGUGAAAUAAGAAAAAUGGAGCAAAAGACUGAAGUGUCCAUCAAUGUUGAUAAAACGAAUGUAGAUAAGUCCGCGAGGCAUUCAUUUUUGAUAGACAUUGAAGGCAUGCCCACGCAUAUAGGGUCACGAGAUAAUCUUACAAUUCAAAAGACAAACGUGGAAAGUCAAUCAGGCAACCAUUCAAAAUCACCCAAUAUUAAGGAACAUAAAAAAGGAAACACAGUGUUUCGUAAUUCCACCACGAACUGUGGCAGAAAAUGUCUCUCAUUUAUAUAUAAACACGAUCAAAAACGUAUUUUUAACACAUAUAGGCAUUCUAAUGCAGCUUCAAAACUCCAUUAUGUGAAUUCCAUGACAGAAUUAGUGCAAAGCCCAGUAUCCAGACGUGAAUAUGACACGAGAUUUUAUCUAGAUACGAAAGGUGGUCCUCGGAAAGUAUGCAAAGACUGUUUCCUUUAUGUCCUGGGCGAGAAAGACGAGCUCAUCGAAUCAGUUUUCAUGCAAAAGUUGCGCGACAUCAAGAAAGCUAAAGAAAAAACACCCGUGAUUAUUGAAUUAGAAGAAGAAGAUGUGACUAUUGAAAGUGCAAUAAAGCAAACCGAUAUCGCCAGUGGAAGUGCACAAGUAUCGGAAGUAAUAAAAAAUCCUCAAGGCGAGUCAGUACAUCAACCAAAAGUGUCCAAAAUAAACACAAUUAGUAAAGAGGCUGAAAAAAGCGAAAAAAACACAAUUUUGUCAAGUUUAUUGCAACCAAAAAGAAUCGAACAACGUAUUGCUUAUUCCAACAAGGCACGUGAAACUAACAGUGUUAAAAAUAUUAGGGGUCCAAUUAUCUGGAGUCCGCUGCCUGUUUGUGAACAAGGUUGCAAGUUUCUGAUUAAAGAAGACGAGCAAAAACGUAUUUAUGACGCACACUGGCUGGGAGCAACAGCUGAAUCGAGAUUCAAUUUUAUAAUUAGAUUUAAUUUUAUGAAAGAAAUGAUGACAGUGUUCGAGAAUCCAAAAUCAUCUGUUUGCAAAUACAAUUAUAGAUUCCAUCUAAAUGUGGAAAAGGGCCGCCAAGAAGUGUGCAGAGACUGUUUUCAAUGUAUUCUUGGUGAGACAAAUGAUUUCAUCGCAUCAGUGAUGGAAGACAAGUUGGCUGAAUACAGAAAAACUGAAAAAGAGGCGAGAGAAGUACCAAUCACAAUUGAAUCACAAUCAGAAGGUCUAGACGUUGAAAAUCCAGUAUAUGAUCCUCUUGCGCUUACAAAUAUACCAAGUUCAACUUCACAAAUUCAACUGGCUCAGCACACUUCAAGAAAUUGGAGUCCUCUACCUCUUUGUGAUCAAUUAUGUAGGUUUCACGUAAGAGAAAAACAGCAUAAACGCAUUUAUAACGCACACUGGCUGGGAACAACAGAGGAAUCGAGAUUCAAUUUGAUGAAAAAAAUGAUAACAGUGUUGGAGAAACCAAAAUCAAUGUUGGAAUACCGUUAUAGAUUCCAUAUAAUUUUGAACGAGGGCCGCCAAGAAGUGUGUAGAGACUGUUUUCAACGUAUACUUGGCGAGACGAAUGAUGUGGUCGUAUCAGUGAUGGAACAGAAGUUGGCUGAAUUCAGAAUGGAACAAAAGGCGAAAGAAACAGUCGAACAAAAGACGAAAGAAACAGUGGAACAAAAGACGAAAGAAAUAGUGGAACAAAAGGCGAAAGAAAUAGUGGAACAAAAGUCGAAAGAAAUAGUGGAAGAAAAGAUGAAAGAAAUUGAACCCGUCAAAAUUGAACCGGAAGAAAAAGUUCUGGAAGUUGAAAGUUUCGUCACUGAUCCUCUUACUGCAUCAGUAAGUCCAGGACCUAAUCUAGACAAUGGACUCGUUGAAUUAUCUGGAAUAGUACAAGAAACUGUUUCACUGAUAACCAACUUGCAAGAAAAACAAUUGACACCCUUUCCCGAUAUUGUUACGCUUCCCAAGCCCUGGAGUCCGCUAAUUUCUUGUCCUGAAAAAUGCAACUCUCUCGUAAAUGAAAACGAGCAGAAACGUAUGUAUGACACAUACUGGCUGGAAUCAACAGAAGAAUCAAGAUUCAGUUUCGUGAAUGAUAUGGUUGACAUGGUGGAAAAUCCAUGCAAAAUGCACUGGAUGGAAUUUAAAUUCCAUAUCAAUGUGGAUAAAGGUCGCCAAGAAGUUUGCCGAGAUUGUUUCAUUCGCACCAUUGCAGAUUCGAAUGAUUUCGUCACAAAGGUUCUAGAAUACAAAGUGCGAAACAGCAGUUGCGUGCCUAGUGAUUCCCUGAGAGAAAGUCUGCCUUUAAAAACCAGCAGAGAACUUCCUGAAGACGUUGUAGAACCCGACUUACGAGACAAAAUGAAUGGUGAAGAAAAGACAAGUGAUUUAUAUAUAUUACCCAUCAGUAUUGAGUCACUAGAACCAGGUCAAGACGUCGAAAACAUAGUAACUUCAAGUUCAGUUUCAAAAAAUGAACAACGUUCUCUUGCACAGGAAACCAUCCUAGGAACUAUGCUUGACAGUGAAUUUAUUCAAGUAUCUGAAAUAGAAGAAGCUCCUGUUGCACUGAGAACCAUCAUAGAAGAAAGAAAAGUCAUACCUCUCAGAAAAAGAAGGGAUAAAGGGGAUAAACCUCUCGAUUCUUCUAUAAUUUGUAAGCCUGAAAGGCCCUGGAUUCCACUAAUUUCUUGUGAUGCAGAAUGCAACUCGCUUAUCAAAGAAGAUGAGCAAAAACGUAUUUAUGACACAUACUGGCUGGGAGCAACAGAAGAGUCAAGAUUCAAAUUCAUUAAUGACAUGGUUGACAUGGUGGAAAGUGAAGACAGAAUAAACCGGGUGAAAUUUAAAUACUAUCUUGAUGUGGAUGAAGGUCAUCAAAAAGUUUGUCGACUUUGUUUCUGUCACGCCAUUGCUGAAUCGAACGAUUUUCUUACAAUGGUUCUAGAGCGGAGAGUGCGAAAACCCGAUAGUAUGAAUGAAGAGAUUCUGCCAGAUGUGGGUCGCAAAUUCGUGAGAAAGAUUCUGCCUUUAAAACGCAAAAAGCGGAAUAAUCAUCCUGAAGCAGUUUUACAACCAAAGUUGGGAAAACAAAAGAAAUCAGAAAACUCUGAAGAGAAGAACCCCCAAGAGAGAAAAAAACAGACUUCAGAAAUCCAGUUAAUCAGAGAAGCUCAUUCAGAAUCUUCAAAUGUUGAUCCUUCUUCGCCCAAAAAAGUAACAGAAUUGGAAAAAUCCAAUGACGAGAAAUUCCAAAGGAGGAAAAGAAAAAUGAGUUCAGAAAUUGAAUUAAUCGAAGAAGCUGAUUCAGAAUGUUCCAAUGUUGAGCCUUCUUCAUUGCAAAAAGAAAAAGACGAGAAACUCCAAAGGAAUAACAGGAAAAUGAGUUCAGAAAUUGAAUUAGUCGAAGAAGCUGAUUCAGAAUCUUCCAAUGUUGAUCCUUUUUCAUUGCAAAAAGAAAAAGAAUUGGAAAAAUCCGAAGACAUAGUCGUAACAAUAAAGGCUGAUUUCGAAUCUUUAAAUGAUGAUGAUUCUUUGUAUGAUAAAGAAACAGAUUCGGGCCAACUGUACAUUUGUUUAAAUUCAGUUUUCAAUAAAAAAGAAUGUUCCUUGGAAAUACCGAAAAAUUAUCAGAAACAAAAUAUCGACUCCUACCAACAGCAAAGGACUUUCCAAGAAAAAUUUGAUUUUAUAAAUGACAGAGUGAAAUCUGUUACCACCUCCUCUCCUGGUGUCUCAAAUAAAGAACAUGAAAAUAAGAACUUAGUCGCGAAUUAUUAUCUUAAAAUGGAACAAGGUCGACAAGAAGUUUGCUCCGUCUGCUUCCAACAUAUGUUCAAAAACUCGGAAUACUUAAUCAAGGCAGUUUUCGAGAAACGAUACUAUGAGCAUGGUAAAAUAAUUGAAGAACAAAUUAGCAAAACUCCUCUAUGCGAAAGUCAUCACUACAACAUUCUGAGUUCCGAAAAAUAUCUACCAAUUGGAUUGACAUUUGAAACCAUGUACGACCUCUACAAGAAUCAAGUUGACGACCCACUUAGUUUCAAUAUUUAUCUACAAGUUUUGGCUCUCUUCAAUCUCAAGGAUAAACCAAAGUCGCUGGGCAAUUGUAAAAAGUGUGAUACGGCUAUGGGGACAAAUAAAAUCACGGAUAUUGAAACUCUUCACACCCUUGAUGCAAGUAAUGCUGAAAAACGCAAGUCGCAUGACGAGAAGGCAGCACUUUCUAUCAAUUCUCUUGUGGUUUGUUCAUUCGGCUUUCAGCAGAGUUUGCCAACUCCGCACUCGUCAGAUUCCAAGGCUUUCUAUAAACACCCUCUCUGGACUUUUAAUUUUACAAUUUACCAAGUUUCAGGACUGGAUAAACUUGAGAGAAAGCCUACAUGUUACAUGUGGGACGAGACUCAGGGGAAAAAGACGGCCAACGAAAUCGCAUCUUGCGUCUACGACUAUCUUCGAAAUUUGCCUGUAGAAGUUAAGCACGUUAUAUUUUAUUCAAAUUCCUGCUGUGGAGAAUGUAGAAGCACGACAAUUGCACGUGCAAUUUUACACGUGCUUGCAAAUCAUAAAACUUUAGAGAUAGUGGAACAUAAAUUUUUAGUGGAUGGACAUUCUGAAAUGGAGAAGAAUCUAGCUGAUGUUUAUUUGGAGAUUAUGAAUACGAAUUGUGGAAAAAUACUAGAGCCCAAAGAUUGGUACGAUGCGUUUGGGAAAAAGGAAUCUCAAGUUGUCGUUAUGACUAAGGAGAUGCUUUACGAUUUCGAAAGUAUGUGGCAAAAGAAAACCUCUUAUUUCGAAGAGGACAUUAAAUGGCUGCAAUAUACGAAGCAAGGAUUAGUUUAUUACAAGGAAAAUUGGCAAGAGUAUGAGAGUUUUAAGGUUCUAAAUUUGAUAGGAUACUCUGAUAUUAAAUAUUGCGGUCAACCUUGCAAUCUCGGCGGUUUUCCUAUUGCAAAGGAGAAAAAGAAGGAUCUUUUGGAUGUCCUUCAAUUGAUGCCUUCCGUAGAUCCUAAUGUAACAAAAUUUUACGAACAGUUGCCAGUAGAAAAUGAAGGAAUUGAAAAAAUUGAAAUUCUUGAACAUGAAAUAAAAGUUGAAGAAGAUUGAUGUACAAGGAAUAGUUCCAAUAAUACUUGGAUCCUAAAACAAGAAGUUGAUAUUGAGAAAGAUAACUCGGAAUUUCGGAUGGAAGCAGAAAAUUCUUAAGGAAUAGAAUUCUUUAAAAAUUAUUGUGUGAGACUUGGUUCAACGCAGAGUUGAAAGAAAGUUAUAAAUAUGUUAUAUAUGUGUAAAUAAAGUUUCUAUGUUGUAGAAGUGAUUUUUGAAAUAAUUAUCAAUAACAUAUGAUAUUAAUAGAAUUAUGUUUUGUGAUAAUGUAGGUAUUAUAUUAAAUUCAUUUUCUAAAAAAUAAAUAGAUUUUCAAUCAA